GGCUGGGAAUGCGGUGCCUGGGACGGGAUGGACGGGCGGACGGUGCCUCCUGCCACCCGGCCAGCGCUCGGGGCUGGCAUGGCCAGCACUGCAGCACGGGCGAGGAUACAGGGUGGGGAGAACCGGGGUGGCGUCCCCCCUCUGCCCCGUCCCACUGCACCCCGAGAGCACCCAGCACCCCCCCACCCCCCCACCCUCUCCUUGGCAGCGUGCACCCCCGUGUUCGCACGCCCGCGCGCCGCUGAGGACAGGCGUCCAGAGGGAUGCUCGGGCUGUCACUCAGCCGCAUCCCUCCCUCCCUCCCUCCUUCCCGCAGCACAGGAGCAUGGUGCGCUGCAGAGCAGCGGGUCGCAUGCCGGCAGCCUCCGCCGCCGCCGCUUCCCCUCCACACUGAAAUCUCCCGGGAAGGAGAAGAGGAAAAGGCUUCCCCGCCGUUUCCCGGCACAACAGGAGGAGAGGGACCAGCUCCGGGGAAAGAAACAGGGCUAGGCCAGGGCGUGAUGGAGCUGCGGCGCGGGAGGAGGAUGCCGAGGGGCCAGCUCUCGGCUCUUCUCCUCUUCCUCGCCUUGGCCUGGCUCUGGCUGCCGGCGGGGGGUCGGCGGCCCCCCCGGCCACCCCCUUGCCCCCCGAGCUGCUCCUGCACCCGGGACACAGCUUUCUGCGUGGACUCCAAGGCCGUGCCCAGGAAUCUGCCCCCCGAGGUCAUCUCGCUGACGAUGGUGAACGCAGCCUUCACGGAGAUCCGAGAGGCAGCCUUCGCCCACAUCCCCUCGCUGCAGUUCCUCCUGCUCAACUCCAACAAGUUCACGCUGAUCGGGGACAACGCCUUCGCCGGCCUCUCGCACCUCCAGUACCUGUGCGUGGGACGGGGACGGGGACACGGGGACGGCACGGGGAGGGCGGGGGUACCCGCAGGGGAUCGGGCCCCUCAGGGCGGCCGUGCCACCGUCUCCUCCCACCCCAGGUUCAUCGAGAACAAUGACAUCCAGGCGCUCUCAAAGGCCACUUUCCGCGGGCUCAAGUCCCUGACCCACCUGUCCUUGGCCAACAACAACUUGCAGACGCUGCCCCGGGGGCUCUUCAAGCCGCUGGACAUCCUGAGCGACCUGGACCUGCGGGGCAACACGCUGGCCUGCGACUGCAAGAUCAAGUGGUUGGUGGAGUGGCUGGAGAGCACCAACACCACGGUCCCCGCCGUCUUCUGCAGCAGCCCCGGGCAGUUCGAAGGCCAGCGGAUCCGGGACCUGGCGCUGGGUGACUUCCAGUGCAUCACCACGGACUUCGUGGUCCACCAGGUCCUGCCCUUCCAGUCGGUGUCUGCCGAGCCCUUCACCUACGCCAGCGACCUGUACGUCGCCCUGGCGCAGCCCGGUGCCAGCAGCUGUGCCGUCCUCAAGUGGGACUACGUGGAGCGCAAGCUGCGUGACUUCGACCGCAUCCCCGCUCACUCGGCGGUGCACUGCAAGCCCAUCGUGGCGCAGGACCAGCUGUACGUGGUGGUGGCCCAGCUCUUCGGCGGCUCCUACAUCUACCGCUGGGACACCGCCGUGGACAAGUUCAUCAAGAUCCAGGACAUCGACAGCCAGAAGACCCGCAAGCCCAACGACAUCGAAGCCUUCCAGAUCGAAGGUGACUGGUACUUUGUCAUCGCCGACAGCUCCAAAGCAGGUUCCACCAGCCUCUACCGCCUCAACCAGAAUGGCUUCUACUCCCACCAAGCCCUCCACGCCUGGCACCGUGACACCGACGUGGAAUACGUGGAGAACGACGGCAAACCCCGGCUGAUCAUCUCCAGCAGCUCCCAAGCCCCCGUCAUCUACCAGUGGAACCGGGGGCAGAAGCAAUUCGCCCCCCAGGGGGAGGUCGGGGAGAUGCUGGACGUGCAGAUGGUGAAGCACUUCAAGGUGAAGCGGGACCAGUUCCUCUGCCUCAGCCGCUACAUCGGCGACUCCAAGGUGGUGCGAUGGGAAGGGCAGCGCUUCAUCGAGCUCCAGACGCUGCCGUCCCGCGGCUCCAUGGUGAUGCAGCCCUUCUCGGUGGGGCAACGGCAGUACCUGGCCCUGGGCAGUGACUUCUCCUUCACCCACGUCUACCUGUGGGAAGAGGAGAAGCAGAAAUUCGCCAAGUUUCAGGAGCUGUCGGUGCAGGCGCCGCGGGCUUUCCGCUACGUGGCAGCUGCCGACGUGCAGCUCCUCCUGGCUCCCAGCUUCAAGGCCAACACGCUGGUCUACCGGCACGUGGUGGUGGACCUCAGCCUCUAGCGGGGAGGGAGAGCCUGGGCUGCCCGUGGGGGGCCCCGACAUGGCUCUCGCCUCCCCCGAGGACACGCAUGCGCCCACCAGCCCCUUCCUCCCGCCUGCAGCCCUGCCCCGUGGUCACAGCCCCGGUGCCAGCGCCCUCCCGGCCCCCCACCUUCACCCACCCAGCCCCACGGCUUGCCGGGGGAAGACACGGGCCUCAGUUUCCCCCCCCGGCCCCUCCCCUGGGUCCUCCCAGUUUCCCCAUGUGCAGCAGCCACAGCCACCCCAUCCAGCAUCCCGUGGGAUGCGGGCAGCAGGGUGGGACACCCCUGGCCCUGCAGAUCGAUGCCCUUGGGUGCCGGAUCUGCGUGCUGAGGGGGCUGGCGGGGCACGGGUGUCACUGGGGCAAUGGGCUGGAGGCAUGUGGCAGGGAGGUCCGGGAACACGGGAGCGGGGCAGCAGGCAGGGAUGUGCACGGGCAGGGCUGGAUGGGAUGCUCCCAGGACGCUGCGGGGCUCCCAGGGUGAUGGGAUGCUCCGAGGUGGAUGGGAUGCGCGGGGUGGAUGGGAUGCUCUGAGGUGGAUGCAGAUGCGGUGCCUUGAGGAGGAUGGGAUGCUUGAGGCCAGCAGGAUGCUCCACGAAGGAUGAGGAUGGGGUGCCCUGAGGAGGAUGGGAUGCUCGAGGCCAGCAGGAUGCUCCACGAAGGAUGAGGAUGGGGUGCCCUGAGGAAGACGGGAUGCUCAAAGCCAGCAGGAUGCUCCAAGAAGGAUGCAGAUGGGGUGCCCUGAGGAGGAUGGGGUGCUCGAGGCCAGCAGGAUGCUCCGAGGCAGAUGCAGAUGGGAUGCCCUGAGGAGGAUGGCGUGCUCGAGGCCAGCAGGAUGCUCCGAGGCAGAUGCAGAUGGGAUGCCCUGAGGAGGAUGGCGUGCUCGAGGCCAGCAGGAUGCUCCAAGAAGGAUGCAGAUGGGAUGCCCUGAGGAGGAUGGGAUGCCCGAGGCCAGAGGGAUGCUCCAGGCUGGUGGGAUGCUGCCGAGGCAGUGCUGCCACCCGCAGAAGCAGGGCUGUUCCCGUCCCUCUCCGUGCAUGUCCAGCAGCUCCCUCUGUGUCCCCCUGUGUCCCCCCCUGCCGGGCAGGACCCAGCGUGCCAGCCGGACACAGGGUGUACGUGCCCGCUGAAACGCUCCCCACAAUAAACACACUGUGACA